UGCUCGAUUGUUCGCCAUCGCCGGCCGAGCCUCGUGCCUCGUACACUUCUGCUUCGCCUGAUUACGUCCUUUGACAUCGCCAGUCGCCCAGCUCGAUCACUGUUCCGUCUCGUGAGCAGAUAGGACCGCUCAGAUUGUGUGGAAGUGGUGCAGACAACAGCCGGCGAGUUACGCGCUGCUUAAUUAUACUCCCAAAACUCUGAUCCUUUUAGUGCACAAUGAGUCCCCCCACAUACGGUGAUCUGGGCAAGCAGGCUCGUGAUGUUUUUGGCAAGGGCUACCACUUUGGUGUGCUGAAGUUGGAGUGCAAGACUAAGAGUGAUGCUGGUGUUGAAGUUGUUGCUGGUGGCAGCAAUGCCAUUGAGACCGGCAAAGUUGCUGGAAACCUUGAAACCAAGUACAAAAUUAAAGAACAUGGGCUUACGUUCACCGAGAAGUGGAACACUGACAACACCUUGAACACUGAACUGGCCCUUGAAGACAAAGUUUCAAAGGGGCUAAAGCUGGUGCUGAACUCUACCUUCGUGCCCCAGAGCGGCAAGAAGAGCGCUGCCCUGAAGUCCACCUACAAGGCUGACGCCAUCACCAUUAAUCUGGACUCCACUUUGGACCUGGGCGGUCCGCUCGUGAAUGGCGCUGCGGUUGCCUACUAUAAGAACUGGCUUCUCGGCUACCAAAUGGCAUUUGACACGGCCAAGUCGAAGCUCACGAAGAACAACUUUGCCGUGGGCUUUACUAGCAAUGACUUUAUUCUUCACACAUACGCAAACGAUGGCGCUGAAUUCGGCGGAUCGCUCUACCAUAAAAUCAGCCGCGACUUGGAAGGCGCCGUUGAUCUCGGCUGGUCGGCCAACUCGAACACCACGCGUUUCUCGAUCGGCUGCAAGUACGCCUUGGACAAAGAUGCAUCCGUUCGGGCGAAGGUGAAUAAUAACUCACAAGUUGGCUUGGGCUACCAGCAGCGCCUCAGAGACGGAGUUACUCUCACGCUCUCCACGCUCAUUGAUGGCAAGAAUUUCAACCAAGGCGGUCACAAAAUUGGUCUUGCGCUUGACCUUGAAGCUUGAGAAUUGGGCUCUGCCAUACCUGUUGUUCUCAGUGACUCGGUUUUGUGAUGCUUCCUCUUAUAUGAAUUCAAUUUAAAUAACAAUUUAGUAAAAUUAGUGUUUGAUCGUGUUCAAUAACUACUUCGUCUUUGAUUGCGAUUCAUCUAGUCGGCAUUACGGAUUUGCACGUACUGUUUCUUGGCAAUUGUUUAUUUCAUUCCCCAUCUCGUUAUUUUGAGAGUUUCUUUGUAAUAUACCCGUCGUUGCACAGAGGAUGUACAUUACGAUUACUUGUAUUUCAAUUAUGAAUUCUACUAAGGUUGUCGAUUUUAGUGCAGCUCGGGUGAGGUGCGUAGAGCAGCUUCUUGCUAACGUCUCAUUAAAAUUGGAAUGUU